AUGCGCGAGAGGCAGCGUUGGCCCAAGUGUGGGUCUAUAAACUGGCAACUGACUGCUUCCUGCUUCCCAGCCUUCCUUGAGUCUGCUAAAACAGACUGCAGGCGUAAGUGCACAGCGUUCACAGAGGAGCAGCUGAAAAUCCUCACUGCUGCCUUUGACCAGAAGCCUUACCCAGGCUUUGCUACCAGACAGAAGCUGGCUCUGGAAUUCGGAAUGCUGGUCCAGGUCAGUCACAGGCUCUGUCAGGAGGCCAAGUGGCAUCGCACCAGAUACAGCAUGGUGCAGCUGUGGGUCCUGAAACAGCCAUUUCUGAGCCACCCCUACCCCGAGCUGGGCUCCCAACAGCAGCUGGCCCAGGAGCUCAGCGUUCCGGAGAUUUCCAUCCAGGUGAAUGGGGCAGAGUGAGCGUCCUGGGCCCAGUAGGAUGAGGCUGCUCUGCACUGAAGGUCCCCCUGCCCCAUCCCCAUGUCCUGUGGCAGGCACUGAAUGGUGACCAGUAUCGCUGCUGAGCAGAGCAGGACAGGGUGAUGGCGUUGGCCCCAAGGUGCGCUGUGGAGCUCAGGCAUGGAGUCACCGUCCUGGGCACCAGCUCCUCAGUUAUGGGACACCCCACCCACGCAGCAGGGCACAACUGCUACCCUAGCACUCUGGGAGGCUGAGGCAGGGGCAUUGCUCGUCGGAGCCCAGCAUCGGCACCUUAGUGAGACCUCGUCUCAAAAUCAAAAAUUAAAGCGGUGGGGAGGGGGUGUUGCUCAGUGUGAAGGUCCUGGGCUCCAUCCCCAGUACAGCAAGGGGUGGGGAAAGGAAUACAAUUCUGUUUAGGCCAGGGCUCUCUCCUUCAGCAGUUAGUGAACCUGCGGGCUGCAGCCCUGGGCUCCUCCUCCCUCUCCUGCCCCUCUCUGCCUCCCUGCUGAGAACCCAUCCUACAGGGCCCCAGUUUGGGUGUUGCCCCUGCAGGCCGUGUUGGACUUUCGCCACCAUGGGAACACUGGGGCCCCAGCGGUGACGCAGGGGUCCCGACCUCAUCCACUCCUGUUGUUGGUGGCAAGGAGGAAGGGGCUCCCCACCUGGGGCUGGGGUGUCUUCCUGAAGGAUCCUCCUCCAGGGUGUCCCUGGGCCACAUGGGGCAGAAGGGAGGGAGAGGCCACAGCACAGGAUGGGCACAGAGCUUUCCGUGGACCCACAUCACCUGCCAGAUGCACCUGAGGAUCAGAGCUUGCAUGGCCUCCCUGCCGGUCAGCCUUCGGGCACUCUAGGCGCCCCACUCAGUUCUUCCUUUUCUUGCCUCCCUCAGAACUGGUUCUGAAAUCAGAGAUCCAGACUCUUCUCCUGGAGAAGAGAGACUCUCUGCCCCACCCCCCAGCAGCAGAACAGGACCGAGGCCCCCUCCAGGGGAGCUAGGAACAAGUCAGAGGGUGAUGCCUACAGGGUAAGGUCGUCAAGGUCUGCAGUGACCAAUCACAGAGCUCCCGGGAUGAAAUACAGCGAGAGGGUGAGAAUAUGAAGAGACAAAGCUGGGGUCUGGUGGAGCCCUCUCUCUGGAUGGGAGGACAGGAACUGCCCCUUGCCUUAGGAGAGUUUGUUUUUACACUCAGCAGCACAGUUUCUCCCAGUCCUUGCUGCCUAGAAACCCAUUGUGUAGUCGUCUAGGGGCUUGGUGUUUCUCUGGGGUGAAGCAGCUUCUUCCUGUGGCUUCCCAAGGGCGCUCCUUGUUCCUGGGAUGGCCAUGCUCCGGCCCUGUGUGUGAUCAGUUUCCAGCUACGGGGCUCCUCACAGGUCCCCACCCCGGGUCUAACUCUCCAGGAGCCUGCAGCCCGGGAGACUCCUGCCCGGUGAGGCUGUGGUGGUGUGAGUUUGCUUCUCACUGUCCCUGGAGGGAUCACAGUGCUCAGCUGCUGAGGGUGCAGUGCAGAGUGGGGUGUAGCAUGGGCCAGGCCAUGGGCGUGAGGUCCGGGAACGACCCAUCUUAGCUUUCUUAGAGGCCAAGGCUCCUGCUGCACAGGAAUUACCCGCUGCAGGGGUAUCUCCCAGGCCUUCCUUAGGUGGUGUCACCAGCACCUUACCCUAGAGCAGUGAUGAGAACAGAUCAGGUAACAGACAGAUGGACAGAUAGACAGAUGGGAGGACAUUGUCUCCGCACGUGCAGCUCAGCCCCAUUGCAAGCAAGGAACCCACUCUGGGGCACCUGUCUGAUCCUGGCCUCUCACCUGGGAGCCCCUGGUGCUUACGGAGCAGAGGUCCAGGUCCACUUCAAGCUGGGCACUCCUUCCUGGCUCUUCACAGGCAGAUGCAGGAGGUGCCAGUGGCACCAGCUUCACCAAGAGCCUGACUGGGCCUGGUCAUGUGGACCCCUCACUGUAUGGAACGUCCUGAGUGGGGUCUGUGACACUCCCACACCAUCUUGGGGUCUCCCCCACUGCAGAGGCCUCAGAGCUCACAAGAGGGGGACACAGGGCUUCAGGAGGCAGAGACAGCUACAAAAGGCACCAUAAACCCUGCAUGGUGAUAUACCAGGAGGCUGAGGCAGGAGGAUCACUUUGAGUUUGACAAGGCCAGUCUGGGCCACGUGGCAAGACAUUGUCUUUAAAAAAUAUGUUAACAAGAAAAAGUAAAUACUGAAAGAGGAAAGGAGACUGGGAUGCAGGUCAGUGGUAGAGGAUGUGCUUAGCAUGUAAGGAUGUGUGAGCCAAGCAGAAAGACAGAUAGACAGAGACAGAGAGACACAGGGAGACACAGGGAUGGACCACAGAGAGACACAGAGACAGAGACACAAGAACAGACCACAGAGAGAGUCAGAGACAGACAGAGAGACAGACACAGGGACAGACCACAAAGAGAGACAGAGACAGACAGACAGAGAUAGACAAGCACAGAGAAAGAGAGACACAGAGGCAGAGACAUGGGCACAGAGAGGCAGAGAGGGAGGACUGCCUGCCCACAGGGGAUAUAAGUGGCCCGGGACCAUGGGAAGUGCCAUCUGAGCCCAUAAGGGCACAGACAGAGUGGGCACAGCCACAGAGGCGGAGUCGACGGGGCGCUCCUUCUCCUGCUGCCCACUCUCUGUUAAGGACAGGCCUCCUCCCAGCGUGCUUCGAGGACUUGAUUCAGGACCGAGUCACCCCAUGGAGGAUGCCUUUACCUCUGCCUGUGCUGCCUGCGCCCCACCCCAUCCCCAGGAGGCCCCUGUGUCCCGUGUGUGACCUGGUCCACAGGAGCUGUUGUGGAGUUCCCGCCACCUGCCAUGCCUUUCCUGCUUGCACACGGCAUGUCAAUUGAACUCUAUGCUGCAGCUUGGCUGGGGAUUCGGACUCUUGCAAUGCCGCCCACCACCACAUUCAGAUCAUUACAGCUGCCUUCCAGAGUCCUCAGUGUGCAGUCUUCCAUCUGGGCAGACACUGACUUUUUUCUGCUACAUGGCUUGUACUUCCUCUAGUCUGCUUCCUGUGUGUUGAGUGACUCCUAAGCAGGUCUGGCUCAGCCCUGGGCAUGCUCUCCAAUGCUCCUUGGAAUCCCCGCUCAGCUGUACCCGGCACCCUCCUGUGACACACGUGGCAUAGCAGUACCAGCUGCCACAGCAACCUGAGCUUCUGGUCACACUCAGCCUGUACUGGAAACUCCCCACGGGAGGCCUCCAUGUGACCUUAGAAAUGAAAUAUGUGUGUGUGUGUGGAGGGGGGGCACUCAGGAUUGAACCCAGGGCCUUUGAAUCCUUAGCCAUCUCUAAUUUUCUAAAAGGUUUUAUUUUGCCAGGCAUGGUGGUGCACACCUGUCAUUCCAGCACUCGGGAAGCUGAGGCAGGAUUGCUGCUUACUUGAGGUUAGUCUGGACUACAUGGUGAGACCCUGUCCCAAAACCAAACCAAACCAAACCAAACCAAAACACAUACAUUUGUGAAAGCAUAUCUCAAAAAUUAUGACUUAGCUUAGUAAGUGCUCGGAGGAAAACAGUUCUGUGUGCCUUGCCCAUGUGUGCUAAAAUAUGUUCUUUUGUCCAGUUUUAAUGGUGGCCCUUGAAAGGGAUGAUCUUAACAAAAAAUUAUUUUUUUUUUUUGAGAUAAGGUCUCACCAUGCAGUUCAGGCUGAACUUGAACUUACCGUGUAGCCCAGGCUGGUCUCAAAUUCAUAGUAUCCUCCUGCCUCAGCCUCCCCAGUGCUGGGAUGACAGGCGUGUGCCACCAUGCCAAUAAGUACUUGGAUCUUUAUUCAUUCAUCUGUUGAUGGGCACUGGGACUGUUUCCAAGAUCUGUUAUGAAAUACGCUGCUGUAAACAUGGGUGUGCAUGUA